AUGAGAUGGAUCUCCUGGGUGAUGGCAGGCUGGGUGGAGCUCAGGUCCCAGGCACCGCCUUGGACAAAAUCUUCUCCACCCGGGCUGUUUGUGGGGUUUGGUCCUUUUGGGGAGCACACCGUGAACGCCAGCUGGAUUGCAGUCCAGGAGCUGGAGAAGCUGGGCCUUGGCGACAGCGUGGACCUGCACGUGUACGAGAUUCCCGUCGAGUACAAGACAGUCCAGAGGCUCAUCCCCGCCCUGUGGGAGAAGCACAGCCCACAGCUGGUGGUGCAUGUGGGCGUGUCGGGCAUGGCAACCACAGUCACGCUGGAGAAGUGCGGCCACAACAAGGGCUACAAAGGGCUGGACAAUUGCCGCUUCUGCCCCGGCUCCCAGUGCUGCGUGGAGGAUGGGCCUGAAAGCAUCGAUUCCAUCAUCGACAUGGACGCCGUGUGUAAGAGGGUCACGACCCUGGGCCUGGAUGUGUCGGUGACCAUCUCGCAAGAUGCCGGCAGGUACCUCUGUGACUUCACCUACUACACCUCUCUGUACCAGAGUCACGGCCGCUCAGCCUUUGUCCACGUGCCUCCGCUGGGCAAGCCGUACAACGCAGACCAGCUGGGCAGGGCGCUGCGGGCCAUCAUCGAGGAGAUGCUGGGCGUCCUGGAGCAGUCCGAAGACAGAAUCCACUGUCGCCACGAACACUAAGAGCCACUCAGGCCUCCCGAGGCCUCACCCUACCAGGGACCCAGGAGGAGGCAAACUUUCAGCCGGUGAUCCGAUUCGGAUCAGAUCUUUCUGUUUACACACCUCCUCUCCCUUUUGAUCUGCAAACGUGCUGAUUGAUUUGAACGGGCUGCUGAAGAGUGUUUCUCUGUUUCCCUUGGCAUCUGGGGAGGUGGCCGUGAUGUCCAGAGACCCUUGGGUGCGGAUUUCUGAAGAGAAUCCUGAUUGGUUUAUCUCCACGCCGCGAUCCCACAGCUGGGCCACCUGUGCCCCUGCUCCUGAGGGCUCCGGGGACGGGAUUUCGGAGUUCCCUCCACCCCAUCACUGGCUUUUCCCAACCGUGAAGGCCUCUCCGAGAGGCUGCCCUGACCCGUGUCCCCACAGCUUGGACGGCCGUGGGCUUUGCUGUGACUUUGUUAUUUUCAAAAUUCUGUUCUCUCUCUCGCUUUUUAAAAUUAAUUGUUGAGAGAGAGAGAGAGAGAGAGAGAGAAAAGGGGGGAGAGAGAAACCCUGACUUGUUGUUCCCCUUAUUUAUGCGCUCAUCGGUUGCUGUUUGUACGUGCCCUGAUGGGGGAUUGGACCCGCAACCUUGACAUACCCGGGCGAUGCUCUAACCAAAUGAGCUGCCCGGCCAAGGCCUUACUCUCUUUUUUAAAACAAUAGUGCUAGUUUGGGCACCGAGUAAUUUAUAUUCCCUUCGGUUAAAACACAGGCUUUAGCCAACAACGAAAGUGUCUUUUCUUUUUCCUGGGGUGCAGCCCCUUCUGCCUCCUGUCCCGAGCACGGGACCUGCAUCUCCGUUUGGGGGCUGACACUGGCCGUACUUGGGUUUGGGGACUGAGUGGGGGGAGGGUUGCUGCCCCAGGAGGUUGAAGGGUUUGCUGACCCUUUCGACACCCCAGCUGUGAGCUCUGGAGCGGGCCCCCCGGUGGAAAGGCCGACUUUGCCAUCUUGACAUGUACAUGAUUUUUUUUUUUUUAAUAUGUAAAAAUUUGUAGCAGCUGAAAACCCACCCGCAUCUGGCCUGGAUUUUGGAGCUUUGGUGCUAGGGGCAAGCUUCUUGUUUUCCUUUAGGGGGCGCCCAAAGCCGGGCCUGGGGCUGGAGUUUGCCGAGCUCCUGUGUGUGCUGGCGCAGGGACCAGCGGGCUUUUGUGGGGAUGGUUUUUGGCGUCGCACCCCGAUUCAGGAGUGACUUGUUACCACCCUCCCCGGUGGCUUUGGACUUACAGCCAGGGAUGAGCGUGGCAUUUCCCAGGAGGCAACUACCUUCAGCUGUACCUUGGCCUCGUCAGGACAGGGCGGCGGCAGCAAGCGGGAAGCCGAUCGAGAAAAAAUACAUGUUUGGGGAGAAUUCCCGUUAUUUCGGAGAA